UUGUAAAACAUCAAACAUAUACAAUCCAAAGUAAAACUAAGAAAAAUUAUUGAGUGCAGCGUUUUUUGAUGUUUACAAAGAAAAUCCCUUAAAAUGGAUGGCCUGGACAAAUGCCGCGUCUGUUGCUGCACCAUUGAGUGCAAGGAGAAGGCCUGCAACUUGCUGCAGCUGCCCGAAGUGGCCGCAAUGUUCACCGACUGCACGGAUUUGUUGGUGGAUCCGCGGGAGGAUCUGCCCAGUGCCCUCUGCUGUGGCUGCUACGAGGAGCUAAAAAAGUUCCAUUCGUUCCGUAAACUCUGCCUUGAGGCGGACACCAAAUGGCGCUUGCAGAAGAGGGACACACCUAUGGAAUUGAAGUAUACAAAUACGGAAUCUGAGGACGGCUUCGAGGAUGUGGACGACAUGCCGCUUUGCGCAUUGGAAACGAAAAGCCCGGGCCCCCCCAUUGAAGCCACCGAGGUGGUGCUGGUCGAUGGCGAAUUCCAUGAGAAAAAACCAUGCCAAAGAUUAAAGAAAGAAAAUAGGGAAAAAGUAAAGAAAAAUACAGGGAGACGGAUGAAGGUAAAUGCAAAAGAGGUGCCCCCAACAGAAGAGCAGGGUGCGAGCUGCAAGUGCGAGAUCUGCUCGAAAGAGUUUGUCGAUGAGUAUCGCCUGCAGGCGCACAUGCGAGAGCACGAUGGUCACCUGCUCUUUCCCUGCACAGAGCCUGGCUGUGACAAGACCUUCAGUCGACUGCAGGAUCUUAAUGUGCACCUGCGGGAGCACAAUGGCACGGGCACGUGGUAUACCUGCGGCCAGGAGGGCUGCAGCAAGAGCUACCGUCACAAGGGCACCCUGGUGAUGCACAAACGCCAGAGCCAUGGAAUAGGACCGAAACUCAAGUUGCACGUGUGUGAAUUCUGCGGCAGGGUCUUGAACAGUCUGGCGGCCCUCAACCACCAUCGGUUCACGCACAAGGACAAGCUGGUCAAGCCGUAUGCCUGCGAGGAGCCGGGCUGCUCGGUACGCUUUCUCAGCGAGGAGAAGCUCAAGGUGCACAUGAUGCGGCAUAGGGGCAUCAAGAACUUCACGUGUCCCCAUUGCGGCGCCAAGAAGACAACAAAGAAUGAGCUGAAGCUGCACAUCAACUACCACACGCUGGAGCGCACCUGGCCCUGUCCGCACUGUCCCAAGGUGUGUAACAGCUCCACCAGCCGGAAGAUGCACAUACGCACGAAUCACGAGAAGACCAAGAGCUAUGCCUGCAGCAUCUGUGACAAGAGAUUCACCAAGCCGGACACGCGCAAGUAUCACGAGUUGACGCACACGGGCGAGCGGAAUUACGGGUGCGCAGUGUGUGGCAAGCGUUUCGUCCAGCCUGCGGCCCUGCGCACCCAUCGAAAGAUCCAUGAGCGUGAUCAGGCGAAGGCUCCUGUUGUUAAAGAUGUGGAAUUCUGAUGGGAUUGGCUGAUAUGCCUGGAGCUAUAGUAUUUGAAUUCUUUCAUGCCAUAAGUUCGAUUAUUGACAAUAUUUUUUUUAUUUAUAUUUCUAAUUUGUUUAAGCCACGUUAAAUAUGAUGUGGAUAAAAGCCGUUAUUUGAUUUGAAAAAGUCGCCAAAUAAAUCACUGCAGCCACGUUUUGCAACACUACAGGAGUGGUAGUGCAAAACGGCAAACAUAAACAAAAGCAAGGCAAAGAAGCAGCAGG